AUGAUCCUCCUAUUCUCCUCUCUCGCCUGGGCACGACGAUGGUUCUGGUCCGGAGCUGCAGUCGAGAGUCUGCUUCUGAUCUACGGCUGGGAGACUGGCCAAAGGAUCUUACCCUACAUCCCUCUCUGGACAGUGCUCUCCACGCUCAACGUCAUCUACGCGGUCUGUUCUACAUCAUGGCUCCUGCAUAUUUUCUUCUCCGUGGCUUGCUGGCCACUCCUCUUCAUCACAUGCCUGUCUCAGUUCCCAAUAGUCUCCGAUCUGGCUCGAAGGACCCUCCGGAAAACGCUCAGAGAAUAUCCAUCGCACUUCAUUAGGGAUAAGAUUGCGUUGUUUAACCUGCCCGCUCUGGAGAUUGACACGGACGUGGAUGGUCUGAUGGUCAUUCGCGCAGUCACCUUUUCACUCUCCAGCUUGUCACUGGUUGCGCAUGGUGUCGAAGUUGGCAUCAAACUUGCGAAUGACAUUGAGCUCGCCAUCUAUGUUGACGAGGUCACCGUCAAUUUCUUCCGCCGUAUUGACAUUGGCGACGUGUAUGCCAAUGUCAAAGGAGGCAAUGCAGAGAUGACAUUCGGAGCGAUGGACGACCCGGUGGACGAUUCGAUGAGUGAAACCAGCAUCUUUAUCGACGACACGCCUCUGCUCCGAGCAGCGUCCAUUGGAGCCGCUGGACUCCGAGACAGGCCAAAACUUCGAGAGUCCUUGACAGGAGGCGUGAGUUACAUGGCAGACUCAUCCCCACAAAAAGGCUUUGAAGAUGUCCGGACACUGUCGCCGGAUGAGGAGCUGGCCGAUAAGAAGUAUCAGGAGUUGAUGACCGAGAUUCGCACAACCAGUGCAAUCUAUCAAUCGAGAGCCUCGGUCCGGCAGAAGGCGAAGACGAUCGACAAGGGAUUCACGCUGGAUAAUGAGAAGGAUCUGCGCGCAGCAGUCUGUGCAGAGCUACAUGCU